AUGGUCAAGUUUAUAGAAGCCACGGCCCUCUUCCCCUUCAACUCCACGCACCCUGUCAAGGCCUCACACCCUGUCAACGCCUCACACCCCGUCAACGCCUCACACCCUGUCAACGCCUCACACCCCGUCAACGCCUCACACCCCGUCAACGCCUCACACCCCGUCAAUGCCUCACACCCCGUCAACGCGUCACCGUCAACGCCUCACACCCCGUCAACGCGUCACCCGUCAACGCCUGCACCGUCAACGCCUCACACCCGUCAACGCCUCACCCCGUCAUGCCUCACACCCGUCAACGCGUCACACCCGUCAGCGCCUCACACCCGUCAACGUCACACCCCGUCAACGCCUCUACCCGUCAACCUCACGCGAUCAGCGCCUCACCCGUCCAACGCCUCACACCCGUCAACGCCUCACGCGUCAACGCCUCACACCCGUCAACGCCUCACACCCCGUCAACGCCUCACACCCGUCAACGCCUCACACCCCGUCAACGCCUCACACCCCGUCAAUGCCUCACACCCGUCAACGCGUCACACCCCGUCAACGCCUCACACCCGUCAACGCGUCACACCCGUCAACGCCUCACACCCGUCAACGCCCUCACACCCCAUCAACGCCUCACACCCCGUCAACGCGUCACACCCCGUCAAUAUACACCCGUCAACGCCUCACACCCGUCAACGCCUCACCCGUCAACGCGUCACACCCGUCAACGCCUCCACACCCGUCAACGCCUCACACCCGUCAAUGCCUCACACCCCGUCAACGCCUCACCCGUCAACGCCUCACACCCCGUCAACGCCUCACACCCCCGUCAACGCCUCACACCCCGUCAAUGCCUCACACUCAGGCUUCCACCAUAACAAAGGCUUCCACCAUCUUACCACAUCUCAAAAGGCUUCCACCAUCACCAGGCCUCAUCCCACAAAGGCUUCCACCAUCACCAAGGCUUCCACCAUCACCAGAGCCUCAUCACCACAAAGCUUCACAACUACCAGAGGCUUCCAACAUAAAAGGCUUCCACAUCCCAAGGCUUCCAUCAUCACCAAAGGCUUCCACCAUAACAAGGCUUCCACCAUCACCAAGGCCUCCCAUCACCACAAAGGCUUCCACCAUAACAAGGCUUCCACCAUCACCAGAGGCCUCAUCACCACUAAGGCUUCCACACCAGAUGCUGCAUUAAUAACAUGGAAUACCUUUAUUAUCUCUUUGCAAGUUAAGCUCUUUUGUGUUGAGACCGGUGAGGGAGAAGAGGAGGUGAGGUCAUGUCCAAAGUCAGCCAUCCGUCACGACCAGUAUCAGCCGUCAGCCAUCCGUCAGCAGCGACUUAAGUGUCACCGUCAGCAUUAG